AUGGCUAGCACAAUCAAGAUCGAGAAGUUCACAGGGAAGAACAUUUUCAAUUUGUGGCGAAUCAAGAUGCGAGCUCUUUUGAAGGAACAGGGCAUCUGGGCACCACUCUCCAGCAGAUCCUCCAACCUGGAAGCAUCAGUUCUGGAGCAACAGGAAGAAAAGGCUCACUCGCUGAUUCUUCUGUCUCUCUCAGAUAAAGUUCUCUACAAGGUGGCUGAAGAACAAACUGUUGUUGGGUUGUGGCUGAAGCUAGAGAAACUCUACAUGAUGAAGUACAUCUGCAACAAGUUUUUGUUAAAGAAACGGCUCUUCGGACUUCGCAUGAAGGAGGGUGCAUCUCUGAAGGAGCAUUUGGACGAGCUUAAUUCAAUAUUGAUGGAGCUGCGCGACAUAGACCUGAAGAUGGAAGAUGAAGAUGUCACAAUGAUUCUGUUAGCCUCUCUCCCUCCCUCAUUCGAGAAUUUUGUGGGUUCUCUAACGGUUGGAAAGGACUGCAUCAUCCUUGAGGAAGUGAAGUCCAGUCUCUUCUCGAGGGAGCUUCGUCACAAGAUGUCUGGGGAUGGUGAUGAGCCUGCCUCUGGAUUAACAACCUCUUAG